AUGGCUGAUUCAGAACAAUAUGUGCUGGAAGGUAAAUCCGAAGCAGCUACUGAAAUAAAGGAACUGCAAUCAGAUGAAAAUGCUGUAGUACAGAAGAUAGAAAGUGAUGAUAUGAAUAUGAAUCAAAUUUUGGGCGAAGCAAGCAUUACUGAUAUGAAAAAAUGUCUAUCUAAAAAACAAAUGAGAAAAUUGAGAAAGGAGCAGGAAAAAUUUUUCCGCAAGAAAGACAAGCGAGCUAAAGAAAGAAUGAGGAAAAAAAUGAAGCGCGCUAUACAACGUGAAGCUGGUUGCAUAAAACCCAGACGGACACAUAUCAGUCGAAUGGAAGAUUCAAGGUGUAAGCAAAGAGUUGCUAUCGACAUGCAGUUUGAACCUUUGAUGCGACCAAAAGACAUUCGUCAUCUUUUCGUUCAACUAGCUCAUGCAUAUGCUGUUAAUCGUCGAGCUGAAAAUCCUUUGCAGCUGAGUGUUGUCGGCUUUUCUGGUCCGCAGAACAAGUUAUUUUUUGAAAAUCCAAAUAAUCAUCAUUGGGAUGUGGUAUUCAAAGAACAACCUUUGGAUAUGGUAUUUGAAAAAAAUGAGAUUGUCUACUUGACGGCGGAUUCGGAAAAUUCAUUGCAAACACUGGAUAGUUCAAAAGUAUAUGUUAUUGGUGGUUUGCUAGAUCAUAAUUCCCUCAAAGGACAUUGCUUAAAAUUAGCAACAGAAAAGGGAUAUGCGCAUGCUCGGUUGCCUAUUGCUGAAUAUGUUAUGUUACAAACUAGAAAGAGGAAACAUCUGGUAAUAGAAGCGUGGUAA